CGCUCUCGCAUCCAUCCGGUUGGCCGCUGCACACACGAGCCAAGAAGGUUGAUGGAGUAGCAGCAGAGCAUCUUUAUUCACAGCAGCUCGUUUUGUUUCGGGAUCACCAUUUCUGGAUCUCAGACUUCUGGAAGUUCGUUUGGAUGUCGAUAUGGGUUUUUUCUUAUUGCGUCUUGCGCGCCGUGUGACAGGCCGUUAGGGAUGUAGUAGGGUUCAGCAGGGACUGACAUUCGUUAGCUCGAGCCGGCCUGAAAACUCAAAUAUGUCCAUCCGGAUGCCUUUACCCACUGUAAAUGAGAGAGAGACUGAAAAUCAUACAUCCCUGGAUGGCUUUUCCACCAAACUGGCGAGCCGCCAGAAUCUGCCCCGCUGCAGGAACUCCCUCAGCUCCAGCGUAGACGAGCAGCCGCAUGUCGGCAACUACCGACUACUCAAGACCAUCGGCAAGGGCAACUUCGCCAAGGUCAAACUGGCACGCCAUGUGCUCACCGGACGAGAGGUGGCUGUCAAAAUAAUAGACAAAACCCAGCUGAACCCCACGAGUCUGCAAAAGCUCUUUAGGGAAGUCCGAAUAAUGAAGCUCUUGAAUCAUCCAAACAUAGUGAAGUUAUUUGAAGUAAUUGAGACCGAGAAGACACUUUAUUUAAUAAUGGAAUAUGCCAGCGGAGGGGAGGUGUUUGAUUAUUUGGUGGCUCAUGGCAGAAUGAAAGAGAAGGAAGCCAGGGCCAAGUUUCGUCAGAUUGUAUCUGCAGUACAAUACUGCCAUCAGAAGAGAAUAGUACAUAGAGAUCUAAAGGCUGAAAACUUAUUACUGGAUGCCGACAUGAAUAUCAAGAUUGCCGACUUUGGCUUCAGUAACGAGUUCACGGUAGGAAAUAAGUUAGACACGUUCUGCGGCAGUCCUCCGUAUGCCGCCCCUGAACUCUUCCAGGGCAAAAAAUAUGACGGGCCCGAAGUAGACGUCUGGAGUCUCGGGGUCAUCCUGUAUACACUCGUCAGCGGAUCACUACCUUUCGAUGGACAAAACCUUAAGGAGCUGAGAGAGAGAGUGUUAAAAGGAAAGUACCGCAUCCCUUUCUACAUGUCUACAGACUGUGAGAACUUGCUUAAGAGGCUAUUAGUGCUGAACCCCAACAAACGGGGCAGUUUAGAGCAAAUCAUGAAGGAUAAAUGGAUGAACGUGGGCCAUGACGAUGAGGAGCUGCAGCCUUAUACUGAACCAGAGAUUGAUUUCAGUGACACUAAAAGGAUCGAGCUGAUGGUGACGAUGGGAUUCCCAAAGACUGAAAUCACAGAGGCUCUCAAAUUACAGAAAUACGAUGACAUCAUGGCUACGUACCUCUUAUUGGGAAGGAAACCUCCAGAGAUUGAAGGCAUCGACUCUGCACCCAUCAGCAAUCUGUGUCCCAGGCCCCGCCCUACCAGUGACAUCAAUACCAGCACUAGCCAAUCCCCUUCACACUCCAAGGUGCAGCGCAGUAUAUCGGCCAAUCAAAAGCAGCAGCGGAGGUUUAGCGAUCACGGUGGGGAUGAUAUAAAUCCAAUGGGUCCCUCAGUCCCACCUGUAGUGUCAUACACGAAGCGCAGCUGUCUAGAGACCGAACAGAAGGAGGAGUGUAAGAAUUCGCACAAGCUACUAAGCGCCACCUCAAAGGGAGACGUACCAGCAUCUCCUCUGGCUGCCCUGGAGAGGAAAAAAUCUGUUACUUCUGCUGGAACUAAUGGAGGCAUGGCACGCAGAAACACAUACGUGUGUGAGCGCUCAGCCGACCGUUCUUCUGCCAUCCCCAACGGCAAAGACAGCAGUUUAACAGAGGUUUCAGGCAGCAGUACAUCAGCCUCCGGUGCCACUUCAGCUUUGAUGCCUACAAGACAGAGAUACUUGAAAUCGGUGUCUUCCUCAGGCGCCUCCUCCAAAUCCACCCUGCCUCCUAUAGAAGAUAACAGCGAAUACAAGGGAAGUCCGACUGCCAGGCCUCCGUCCACCUCACCGUCCGAUCACAGCAUCAGCACUCCGGAGCGUACUCAUUUCCCUCGAGGGACGUCCAGCCGGAGCACCUUCCACGGAGCACAGCUACACGAGCGCCGCAGCGCCACCUACAACGGCCCACCUGCCUCGCCCAACAUGUGCCACGAAAUAGGAAACCUCGCACCAGCACGCCGGGGCACAUCUACCGGCAUCAUCAGCAAAAUUACCUCCAAGUUUGCCCGCAGGGUUCCAAGUGAAGGGGAGGCAAGCGGAAAGUCAGAGUCGCCAAGGAGCACUUUGGGAGAAUCGAAAGAUGAGAGCCGUGAGUCAAAGCCACGCUCGCUGCGAUUCACGUGGAGCAUGAAGACGACGUCUUCCAUGGAGCCAGGUGAUAUGAUGCGCGAGAUCCGCAAAGUGCUAGAUGACAACGGCUGUGACUACGAGCAGCGCGAGCGGUUCCUGCUUUUCUGCGUACACGGUGACGCUCGCCAUGAUGACCUGGUCCAGUGGGAGAUGGAGGUUUGCAAGCUGCCACGCCUCUCGCUCAAUGGCGUGCGCUUCAAACGCAUUUCAGGCACUUCUAUCGCCUUCAAGAACAUCGCCUGCAAAAUCGCUGAUGAGCUGAAGCUCUGACAGAGUCACAUAAAGGAAACCCUGUGGUUUGCAGUGGUAAUUCUGGAUCACAUUUGGCUAGUGCCGAUGUGCUGCCUUAACAGAAUGUGAGGUGCUCAUCCUGUAAGUUUUGCUUUUCCAUUAACUUUUAUCACCUUCACAUCUGAUCCCCAAUCAGUGAUGUUGUUUUGAUGCUGAUGGAAUUGUGUGUGUUCUGGUCUGGGAAAACUUUUUGCUGUGGCUCAAUUCGGUUUCAUUUGUAUAGCAGCCGUACAGAAUUAUAGCAAUUCAAAGUAUAAAUUAAAAAUGGAUACCUUUUCCUUAAUGAGCAAGCCAGCGGUGAGACGGAAAAACUCCCUGAGAUGUGAGCAAGAAACUCGGACGGGAAACAGACUCAGAAAUGGAAGCCAUUCUCAUCUAGGUGACACCGGAUAGUGCGAUUAUAAAUAAUUUAUUAAAUAUUCCAAAAAUACAAUUGUAUAACCAGGAAAUUCAUUCAAACUAAAUAUUUUUAAACAGCCAAAAGAGAAGAAAAGGAGAUGUUUCGGCAAUAUACUUUGGCACCACAACCUAAACCAUAAAUACACUGUAUUUUACUAAAAUACAGCACGGAAAUGUUUUAUUUACUUUUUAAUCCUGCCUCAGACAUCUUCCUGCAAAGGUCAUAUUGGACACAAUGGGACACAAAAAUCCAUCAGUCUGCCUCAAGGUUUUUAAAAACCUACUAGUUAAGUAUGAUUUCCUCAGACAGUGAACAUCAGGCUUUGUGGCAAAGCAAACCAGACAUAAGUCUAGACACAUACAGGCUGUAAAACAUUCCUGUACUACAGAAUCCUUAACAACAUUUUAAAAUGCUUAAACUUGUGGUUGCGAUAAAUGUAAGAAAAGAAUUCUGUUCAGUUCAUGAAAACUUCACCAAGUGAACAGCUUUUCCAGGCCACCACAUAUAUACAGUGCCUUGCAGAAGUGUUAACCCCCCCCUGAACAUUUCCACAUUUUUGUAGUGUCAGAACUUUGUACUGAAUGAACGUUAUUUGGACAUAUUAAAUUAUUUAACCAAAAAAUGCAUUUGUUAGUUGCAGAAGUAUUCACCCCCUUGUGUAGCACCAUAGCCUCCUGGGAUUAGGGCUCCAUUUGAACAUGACAUCAAAAAUUCAUAUUCGAACUUGUCCAUACGAAGAUUAAUGCGCAGGCUAACGCAACAGACUGCUUUUAAUCAUGUUUUUUAGCAUCUGAUCAGCCCUCGCCCUCUUGACCCAUCAGUAAAUUAAGCUAAUGAUAGAAAAAUGGAGGGAGGCACGGUGGCUUAGUGGUUAGCACGUUUGCCUCACACUUCCAAGGUUGGGGGUUCGAUUCCCGCCUCCACCUUGUGUGUGUGGAGUUUGCAUGUUCUCCCCGUGCCUCGGGGGUUUCCUC